AUGUCAGGAAUGAUGGACAAAGUCAAGGCCAAGGUCGACCAGGUGAUGCACAAGGACAAGACCCAUGAUGAUCCUACUGGUCCUCACAGCUCUCACACUGCCAACACCGCCGACCCUACAGUACACAACACAUCCAGCGCUACUACUGGCACUGGUGGCUUUGCGGGUGACCAUCACGGCUCAGGUGUAAGCACUGGUCUUGGUACUUCAGGUACCCACGGCGAGCACGGCUCUACUGGACUUGGCUCAUCAACCACUCACGGCUCUACUGGUCUCGGUUCAUCAACCACUCACGGCUCCACUGGCCUUGGUUCAUCAAACACCCACGGCUCUACUGGUCUCGGUUCAUCAACCACUCACGGCUCCACUGGCCUUGGUUCCUCCAACACUGGUGCCUAUGGAUCUACCUCCCACAACGACCCCACUGGCCCUCACGGCUCUCACAUGUUGAACAAGGCCGACCCAAGGGUCGACUCUGACCGCCUUGGAAGCGCUGGCAACACUGCUGGUGCAGGUGGCUACGGUGCUGGACAGUACACUGAGGGCACCCACGGCACCCACGGCACCCACGGCACUCAUGGCACUACCAGCAGCGGCCUCACUGGUCACUCUACCACCGGUACUGGUCUCGGCUCUUCGACCACUGGAGCUUACGGCUCAGGCAACACUAGUGGACUGACUGGUGGUCACGGUACUGCCGACUUCAACGACCCAUCUGGCCCUCACAGCUCACGCAUGGCCAACCAGGCUGAUCCUCGCGUUGGUGGUGGUGUAGGUAGCACUACAUCUGGCGCGUACAACACCACUGGAUCAGGACUUACUGGCCACGGCACCACUGGUGGCCUCGGUCACUCCAGCACUACUGGUACCCACAACCCCCUUGACCGCAACAACGACGGUAGAGUUGGCGCUGGAGACCUGACUGGUAGCCACUCCCGCAACGACCCUACCGGUCCCCACAGCUCGCACCUCGCCAACUCUGCCGACCCCCGCGUUGGUGGCGCUGGCAGCACAGGUCUCGGUUCGUCAACCACCCAUGGCUCUACCGGUCUUGGUCACUCUUCCCACAACGACCCUACCGGUCCUCACAGCUCGCACCUCGCCAACUCUGCCGACCCUCGCGUAGGCAGCACAGGCACUGGAGCCUACGACAGCCACACUGGCGGCAUUGGCUCAGGCAGCACUGGAGGAUUCACAUCCGGCACCGCAGGUGAGCACGCUAAGACUGUUCCUGGCGAGGUUGGAGGAACAGGCCAUGGCUUGGCACACCGUAACAACGAGGACGGUGACUUGCCCAAGGCCCUCACUGAGCCUGUUUCCCACGCCGAGCCCCACUCUUCUCUGCAAAAUGACCAACACCACUCAGGUCACGGCACCCACGGUACCACCCACGGUACUACUGAUGUUCACGGCAAGCCCUCUAUGAUGGACAAGCUGAAUCCCAAGAAGGACGCUGACCACGACGGCAAGACUGGCAUCAUGGACUAG